AUGUUUCUCUCUCAACCUUCCAUGGUUGAGCUUGAUUCGCCUGUCAAAAUAUGUGGAGACACUCAUGGACAGUAUCCCGAUCUUCUGAGGCUCUUCAACAGGGUGAGAUACUAG